AUGGAUCAAGAAAAACUUCAUUUUAGGCACUCUAUGCUUUAUGAGUUCCAACUUGGUCAUAAUGCGACGGAAACUCAUAAAAAUUUGUUUUCCGGCUUUGGACCAUCUAAAGUUAAAGUGCGUACGGUCCAAAGAUGGUUUGAAAAAUUCAGGUCGGGUGACAUGAAGCUUCAAGAUGAAUCUUGCACCGGAAGACCAAAGGAGCUUGAUGACGACGUUCUGAGGGUUUUAGUGGGUAAUGAACUACUAUUGACUACGAGGGAGAUCGGAGAUAAAUUAAACGUUAGCCACAUAAUAAUUGAAAACCACUUGAACAAGCUUGGCUGUCUACAAAUGGUGUCGUUGGAUUCCCCGUGA